UUGCUCACACGGACAUGGUUUGUGUUCGUACGGGGGUUUAGUUUGUUGGCGACAGGUUUGAGAGAAUAUAAGAUGUUAUUAGACGGUUUUCUAGCGGUUUAUUGUCCAAAACUACACUGUAAGAUGAAUUUGUGAGGAUUUAAGCUUCGGUUAUAAAGCCGUGUUUUGCCGCGUCACUGCGGUUUCGUUUCACGGUCACAGAUUCUUCAGCGUUUUUCUGCCGAAACGAAUAGCCUCCUAAACUCCCCAGACAAAAGCAUUAGUCACGUUACGUGUUUAAGGUGGUAGGAACUUCAGGCUCCUGGAGAUCACGUUGCGUGAUGAUAGUCGGGCAAUGAAUACUUGUUGGGUGUGUGACGGGGUUCAUGGAUUGAGAAGAGGUGGUACAGUGCAGCGAAUGUCUUGUUCAAUGAAUGGAAAAAGGGUGAUAUGGAAAAAUGAGUGAUUGCGUUUGGGCGGCCAAAGGCCACCGUGUGGAGAAAGUAGCUAAAUUUGCAGGUGUAUCGAAGCGUACGGUCAUACGGGUCGACCAGCAGUGGCAAAAAUCCCAGCCUGCAGGAAAUUCUCAUCAGAAUUGUGGAUGAAAGGCGUCUAGAAGUCAACGCAGGUUCUUCACAACCAAUUUCUGAAAGAACUCUCCACGGGGAACCGCAUACCUAGAACAUACAGAGCAGGGUGGAGCGCAAGAGGCCUUUGCUCACUUCUGCUCACGGAGUUGCCGGUUACAGUGGAUGAAGAGACACAAAUCCUGGACUGUCCAUGAAUCUGGUUUCUGCCCGUGUGUGAAUGAUGCAGCGUCGUGUUCAUCUUAGACCUCAGGAAGCCUUCAUUGAAGACUGCAUUCAAGGUGUGGCUCAAGCUGGAGGCUCUGUGACGUUCUGGGGUGUUUUAAUUAUGUAGAAAAGGGUUCUUUGGCUGAGAUAACAGUAACUUUGAACCGCCGUGCCGGCGUUGAGCUGCUGCACAACCAGGUUUUGCCUUUUGCUCAUGGUCUUACUGAGGAACAUAACAUUUCUAUCCCUGUUUUCCAAGAUUAUUCCAAGACCGUUCUUACAUUCACAGGGCUGGAAUUAUUACUGAUCGUCAUGAUGAACGCUCAGGAUUAUUCACCCAUCUGGACCCGCAGAAUCCCCUGAUUUGAAUCCUCUUGAAAAUCUGUGGGACGACCUGGAACAAUGAGUAAGACUAAGGCAGUGAAGGCUCCACGAAAACUGGCCGAACCGCGUAAUUCUCUGAUGGCUGAACAUUGAUAUCACCUACAUCCAGAAACUCGCCCAGUCCAGGCCGAAUCAAAGCCCAGCUGUUGGUAGGUGGAGGUAUUGAACACUACUAGGGACGUUUUUUUUUCGGCGAGCUUUUUUCACGUUUUCCUCUGUAUGAGAACUUUCUAUCGUGAGAUGUUGGAGUUUAGAUCCAUCAGAUUUGGUCAUCAAAGCUCUCGUCUGGUAGUUUCCUAACAAAAGAAGAUGAGCAGGAAGAAAACCCUCCACUGCUCGGAGUGCGGGAAGAGUUUCAGCCAGCAGUGUCAUCUCCAAGACCACCAGCGCAUCCACACGGGGGAGAAGCCGUAUCGCUGCUCGCAGUGCGGGAAGAGUUUCACUCAGCAGAAUCAUCUGAAGCGCCACCAGCGCAUCCACACCGGCGAGAAGCGGUUCUGCUGCUCACGGUGUGGCCUCAGUUUCACCGACAGUGGAACUCUGAAGAACCACCAGCGCGUCCACACGGGGGAGAAGCCGUAUCGCUGCUCGCAGUGCGGGAAGCGUUUCGCGCAGCAGAGCACUCUGCAGCAGCACCAGCGCGUGCACACGGGGGAGAAGCCGCACGACUGCGCGAAGUGCGGGAAGCGCUUCACCCGCCUGACUUACCUCCGCAUGCACCAGCGCGUCCACACCGGGGAGAGGCCGUACAUCUGCUCAGAGUGCGCGCGGAGCUUCACUCGGCUCGGCAAUCUCCACAAGCACCAGCGCGUUCACGCAGAAGUGAAGCCGCAUCACUGCACGCGGUGUGGGAGGAGUUACUUCAACAGAGGGACUCUCAACAGACACCUGCGCGUUCAUGCGGCAGACACGCCGGCGUCUGUUCCUGCUUUACUUUCCUCACAAACCCCUCUCAUGAUGGACGAGGAGAGAACUCUCCCCUCCUCAGAGUAUGGAGAAAGCUUUGUUCCUCAGCGCCGCCUCCAGGAACAUCACGCUGAUGCAGAUAAGGAGCCGUACUGCUCCUCAGACUUUGGCAAGAGUUUUAUUCAUCAGUACCACCUCCAAGAACAUCAUCUCCUCACAGAAGAGAAGACGUAUUGCUGCUCAGACUGUGGGAAGAGCUUCAUCCAUCAGUGCCAUCUCCAACAACGUCACCGUGGUGUAGAAGAAAAGCCUUAUUGCUGCCCGGACUGCGGGAAGAGCUUUAUUCAUCAGUGCCAUCUCCAAAAGCAUGAUGUCGAUGCUGAGGAGAAGCUGGAUUGCUGCUCACAGUGCGGUAAGAGCUUUAUCAAUGAGUGCCAUCUCCAAGAACACGAUAUUCCCACAGACGAGAAACCUCAUUGCUGCUCCGACUGCAGGAAGAGCUUUAUUCACCAGUGCCACCAAGAAGAGCAUAUCGAUGCUGAGGAGAAGCCGUAUUGCUGCUCACGGUGCGGGAAGGACUUUGUAAUUCAGGGCCAUCUCCUAGAACAUAACAUCGAUGCUGAAGGAAAGCCGUAUUGCUUCUCAGGCUGUGGGACGAGUUUUCUCAAAGAGCAUCCAGGUCUCGCGGAACGGAAGCCGUAUUGCUGCUCGGUGUGUGGGAAAGGCUUCACUCAGCUGAUUGACCUCCAGCGUCACCUGCGCAUUCACACUGGAGAGAAGCCGUACGCCUGCUCGGAAUGCGGGAAGAGUUUCGCCCAGCAGAGCCAUCUCCAGCAACACCAGCGGAUCCAUACGGGAGAGAAGCCGUAUUUCUGCUCGGAGUGCGGGAAGAGCUUCAGCGACAGCAGCAAUUUCCGGAAACACCAGCGCACUCACACGGGAGAGAGGCCGUACAUCUGCGCCGAGUGUGGCCUGAGCUUUAUGGACAGGAGCUCCCUCAUGACGCACCAACACAAUCACACGGGAGAGAAGCCAUAUUCCUGCACGCAGUGCGGGAAGAGCUUCAAUCGACUGAGCACCCUCCAGCUGCACCAGCGCGUUCACACCGGAGAGAAGCCGUACUUCUGCCCGCAGUGCGGGAAGAGCUUCAUCACGGGAGGGACCCUCAAGAACCACCUGCGCACCCACACGGGAGAGAAGCCCUUCCAGUGCUUGUACUGCGGGAGGAGCUUUGCUCAGCAGAGCACCCUCCAGCAACACAUGCGCAUCCACACGGGAGAGAGGCCGUACAACUGUUUAGAGUGUGGGAAGAGCUUUACGCAGUGGAAUCAUCUCCAGCUCCACCAGCGCACUCACACGGGGGAGAGACCCUUCGACUGCUUGCAGUGCGGGAAGAGCUUCACUCAUAAGAACAGUCUACUACGACACCAGACCGUUCACGCUGGAGACAGGCCGUAUUAAAGGAGAACAGCAAUGGCAUUUUAG